CCAAGUCUCCCCCAGCCGACGUCAUACAGCGAGCCUGGCGGUAGAACGGAGCAGUCAGUAUCAAAGACGGAUUGUAUUUGUAAGGACGCUACGCCACCAUGAGGGAAAUCGUUCAUCUGCAGGCGGGACAGUGCGGGAACCAAAUUGGGUCCAAGUUCUGGGAGAUCAUCUCGGACGAGCACGGGAUCGACCCCACAGGCAUCUACCACGGAGACAACGACCUUCAACUCGAGAGGAUAGACGUGUAUUACAAUGAGGCGGCCCGUGGUAGAUAUGUACCUCGAGCAAUUCUGGUGGAUCUUGAACCCGGGACCAUGGAUUCAGUGCGUUCGGGACCGUUCGGACAGCUGUUCAGACCGGACAACUACGUGUUCGGACAGAGCGGAGCAGGGAACAACUGGGCAAAGGGCCAUUACACGGAGGGAGCUGAGCUAGUGGAUUCUGUGCUGGAUGUUCUGCGUAAGGAGGCCGAGGGAUGCGACUGCUUGCAGGGCUUCCAGCUGGCCCACUCGCUGGGUGGGGGCACAGGCUCCGGGAUGGGGACCCUGCUCAUAUCCAAGAUACGAGAGGAGUACCCCGACAGAAUCAUGAACACUUUCAGUGUAGUGCCUUCUCCAAAGGUGUCGGACACGGUGGUAGAGCCGUAUAACGCCACGCUGUCGGUGCACCAGUUGGUAGAGAACACCGACGAGACGUUCUGCAUAGACAACGAGGCUCUGUAUGACAUCUGCUUCCGCACACUCAAGCUCACCUCGCCCACCUAUGGAGAUUUGAAUCAUCUCGUCUCAAUCACGAUGUCGGGUGUGACAACGUGCCUCAGGUUCCCAGGCCAGUUGAAUGCCGAUCUCCGCAAACUAGCCGUGAAUAUGGUGCCUUUCCCACGUUUGCAUUUCUUCAUGCCUGGGUUUGCCCCGCUCACAGCUAGAGGGAGCCAGCAAUAUCGUGCUCUCACAGUGCCAGAACUCACGCAGCAGAUGUUUGACGCAAAGAAUAUGAUGGCGGCGUGUGAUCCCCGGCACGGACGUUACCUCACGGUAGCGGCGAUCUUCAGGGGCAUGAUGUCCAUGAAGGAGGUUGAUGAACAGAUGCUCAACGUUCAAAAUAAGAAUUCCAGUUACUUUGUGGAGUGGAUUCCAAAUAACGUCAAGGUUGCAGUGUGUGAUAUUCCGCCGCGUGGUCUUAAGAUGUCGGCAACAUUCAUUGGUAACACGACCGCAAUUCAGGAGAUUUUCAAACGCAUCUCUGAGCAGUUUACGGCGAUGUUCCGGCGCAAAGCAUUCUUACACUGGUACACAGGAGAGGGGAUGGACGAGAUGGAGUUUACAGAAGCAGAGUCAAACAUGAAUGAUCUCGUAUCUGAAUAUCAGCAGUAUCAGGAAGCAACAGCUGAGGACGAUGUUGAGUUUGAGGAGGAGGAAGAGUUGGCAGAGGAAACUGAAUGAAAAUUGUCAUUUCAUGUACACUGUCUUCCCUCACCCAAUUUAUAAUGUUCCAUAAUAAAAGAAGUUCUGAUUUAUAAACAAA